CGGGGCGGGACUUCCGACAGGAGGCGGAAGCGGAGCGGGAGGCACCGGCCGGCGGGUGAGGCCAGGCAGGACCCUGCAGCACAUACCUCGGUGCUAGGAUGGCUCGGGGCGAGCGGCGGCGCCGCGGAGCUCCUGUAGACGGAGCGCGGACAGCUGAAAGGGCGGCUCGGGGCGGCCCGGCACGACGGGGCGGUGAGGCCCGUGGCUUUGCCUGGAGAGCGGCUUUGGGCGUCGUGGUCCUGUCUCUGGCCCUGGGCUUGUCAGGAUGCUGGCUGCUGGAGUGGCGCCGUGCACGGCGGGCGGUCACACUGCACUCUGCGCCCCCAUCACUGCCUCCCGACUCUUCCAGCCCCGCGGUGGCCCCGGACCUCUUCUGGGGCACCUACCGCCCUCACGUCUACUUCGGCAUGAAGACCCGCAGCCCGAAGCCCCUUCUCACCGGACUGAUGUGGGCACAGCAAGGCGCCACCCCAGGGACCCCUAAGCUCAGGCACACGUGUGAGCAGGGGGACGGCGUGGGUCCCUAUGGCUGGGAGUUCCACGACGGUCUCUCCUUCGGGCGGCAACACAUCCAGGAUGGGGCCUUAAAGCUCACCACUGAGUUCGUCAAGAGGCCUGGGGGUCAGCACGGAGGGGACUGGAGCUGGAGAGUGACUGUAGAGCCUCAGGCCUCAGGUACCUCUGCCCUCCCUUUGGUGUCCCUGUUCUUCUAUGUGGUGACAGAUGGCAAGGAAGUCCUAGUGCCAGAGGUUGGGGCCAAAGGGCAGUUGAAAUUCAUCAGUGGGCACUCCAGUGAACUUGGUGACUUCCGCUUUACACUUAUGGCGCCAACCAAUCCAGGGGAUCUUGCCCCCAAGUAUAGCAGCUACAAUGUCUUCUGGUCCUCCAACCCAGGACUUCCCUUGCUGACAGAGAUGGUGAAGAGUCACCUAAAUAGCUGGUUUCAGCACCGGCCCCCAGGGGCUUCCCCUGAACGAUACCUCGGCUUGCCAGGAUCUCUGAAAUGGGAGGACAAAGGCCCAAGUGGGCAAGGACAGGGACAAGGACAAUUCUUGAUACAACAGGUGACACUGAAAACCCCCUUUUCUGUGGAGUUGGUGUUUGAAUCAGGCAGUGCCCGGGCAGGCAGAAGCCAAGCCCUGGAGCAGCUGUCAGGCAGCCUACUGACCCAAGCCCUGGAGAGCCAUGCUGAAGCCUUUAGAGAACACUUUGAGAAGACUUUUCAACUGAAGGAGAAGGGCCUGAGCCUUGAGGAGCAGGCUUUGGGUCAGGUUGCCCUCAGUGGCCUCCUUGGUGGGAUUGGCUACUUUUACGGACAAGGUCUGGUGUUGGCAGACAUGGGGGUUGAGGGGUCUGAGCAGAAGGUGGACCCAGCCCUCUUUCCACCUGUCCCUCUUUUCACAGCAGUGCCCUCCCGGUCAUUCUUCCCACGAGGCUUCCUUUGGGAUGAGGGCUUUCACCAGUUGGUGGUCCAGAGGUGGGAUCCCCGCCUUACCCGGGAGGUCCUAGGCCACUGGCUGGGGUUGCUCAAUGCUGAUGGCUGGAUUGGACGGGAGCAGGUGCUAGGGGAUGAGGCUCGAGCCCGGGUGCCCCCAGAAUUCCUGGUGCAGAAGGCAGCCCACGCCAACCCCCCAACCCUGCUUUUGCCUGUAGCCCACAUGCUAGAGGUUGGUGACCCUGCGGACUUUGCCUUCCUCCGCAGGGCCUUCCCCCGUCUGUGUGCCUGGUUCUCCUGGCUCCAUAAGAGCCAGGCAGGCCCAGUGCCACUAUCUUACCGCUGGCGGGGCCGGGACCCAGUCUUGCCAACCUUGUUGAACCCUAAGACGCUGCCUUCGGGGCUGGAUGACUAUCCCCGGGCUUCACACCCUUCAGUCAGUGAGCGGCACUUGGACCUGCGAUGCUGGAUGGCACUGGGUGCCCGUGUGCUGCUGCGGCUGGCAGAGCAGCUAGGAGAGGCUGAGGCAGCUGCGGAGCUGGGUCCACUGGCUGCAUCACUGGAGGCAGAAGAGAACCUGGAUGAGCUGCACUGGGCCCCAGAGCUAGGAGUCUUUGCAGACUUUGGGAACCACACAAAAGCGGUGCAGCUGAAGCCUCGGCCCCCUCAGGGGUUGGUGCGGGUAGUGGGCCGGCCCCACCCUCGCUUACAGUAUGUGGAUGCCUUGGGCUAUGUCAGUCUUUUUCCCCUGCUCCUGAGGCUGCUGGACCCCAAUUCCCCCCGCCUUGGGCCUCUGCUGGAUGUUCUAGCUGACAGCCGCCAUCUCUGGAGCCCGUUUGGCUUGCGCUCCCUUGCAGCUUCCAGCCCCUUUUAUGGCCAGCGCAAUUCAGAGCAUGAUCCUCCCUACUGGCGGGGUGCUGUGUGGCUCAAUGUCAACUACUUGGCCUUAGGGGCCCUCUACCACUAUGGUCAUCUGGAGGGUCCCCACCAGGCCCAGGCUGCCAAGCUCCACCGUGAGCUCCGUACCAAUGUGGUGGGCAAUGUCUGGCGGCAGUAUCAGGCCACGGGUUUCCUUUGGGAGCAGUAUAGUGACCGGGAUGGGCGGGGAAUGGGGUGCCGCCCUUUCCAAGGCUGGACCAGCCUUGUCCUACUGGCCAUGGCUGAAGACUACUAAAGAGGGAGGAUGAGAGGGGUGCCAGGCCCCCAGUCUGGAUUAGAGGGACAAGGUCUCUAGCUUCUACCCCCCCAGCCCUCAGAUACUAGUGCUUCAAAUCCUUCUCAGCUCAUCUCAGGUGUCUCCUUCCUGUCAUCCCACAUAGCCCUGGGGUGAAUGUGAAUUCAGAGUCUAUUUUUUCUAAAUAAAUUGGAAAACCACG